AUGCGAUAUGAUGAUGAACUUAAAUAUGAUCAAAAAACUUAUAUGCCUAAUCCUAUUCGUUGUAUUGUUUUAUCAAUUGCAUUAAUCUAUUAUUUUCGACUUCCAACAAAUGAAGAUAAUAUUCAACGUAAUGAUAAAAAAACACCAUCACGAGAACAAUUAUCUGAACUUCUUUGUAAAGCUAUACCAAAUUUUGAUCAAAUUAUACAAAAUGAAUUGGAACAAUUUGUUAAUACUAAUAAUUUUUUUAUUCCACAAGGAGUAGCAAUUAAUCAAGCUGUUCGUGAACAUAUCUUUUCAAUUGUAGUUAGUAUUGUUACACGAACACCUUUAUGUAUUAUUGGUGUUCCUGGUCAAUCGAAAACCUUAUCUUUUCAAAUUGUUCUUCAAAAUCUUCAAGAUGAAGCUUCAUUACCUGAUGAAAAGAAAAUGAUUUUAAAAGUUUUACAUCCAUAUUUAGAUGAAUGUAAAGUAGCAUUUGUAGCUAUUGCUAAUAAAGCAUUUGAUGCAGCUAAUGCUAAUCGAAUGAUUUGUAUUUAUCGUUCAUUACCAUCUGAAGAUGAUCAAAAAAUCUUAGCUUAUGGUUGUUUGGGUUUACCAUUAGAAAAACGACAAGCAAUGAUAAAUGAUCGUCUCGAUAAGAUUAUCUAUGGUUUAUGUCAUGGUUAUCGACGAAUUCUUCAUUCAUUAGAUAUUCCUCAUAUAUUUCAUGAUCGUAAUUUUAUUUGGGUCCGUGUCAUUUGGCAGACAAUCACUUGGCCGACACAUCACUUGACCGACACCAUUUCGCCGACAAAUUGUUUGGCCGACAUGUACACUUCACCGACAACUCAUUUGGCCGACAAAUAUUUGAAGUAA